AUGGAUCUAACCUUAUUCCCCUUCGACAAGCAGCUAUGCAAACUGGGAAUUGAAAGUUACUUAACCAAGUCAUUUACCUAUGCACUGAUUUAUAAAAAUUUGAAGUAUAAACUUCCAGAUGGGUACACUGCUGACCAAGUGGUCUACAAAUGGUCGUCAGGAUCCCGUGCUGCAUUGAAACUGCACAAAAUUCGACUUCCCGAUUUCACUAUCAAGGAAGCCUAUGUAACAAAUCAAAUGGAAACCUAUGCAACAGGAAAUUAUUCCCGCCUCUACGUUUGCUUUGUAUUCUCACGUUCUUCUGGAUUCUGUUUCUUGCAGUUGAUUAUUCCAUCUACAGCCGUUGUCAUCACCUCGUGGGUAUCGUUGUGGAUGGAAAGUCAAACAGAAUUCCAGGACAUGAUUUCCAUUAUCCUCGCUAUCACCUUUCUAAUAUUUUCUUACAAUGAGAUGAUGCCGCGAGUAAGCUAUAUCAAAGCAAUGGACAUCUACUUAGGUGUAUGCUUCAUGAUUGUAUUCCUCUCGUUGAUCAAAUUAGCAUUUGUUAAGUAUAUGAGACAAAAAAUUAAGUUAGAGAGGUACGUUAAUCUUUACCUUAGUUUCCUUUUGCUGUGUUCGAACGAAUUUAGUAAUACAAUUUAGCUCAAUACCGAAUAUGUGACAGUCCCCAUGGCUGAUAUGGAAGACUCGUAUAUUGCUGAAAUCGACAAAGGCAGCCUUGGUAUGGCUUCUGAAAUUUAG